UCAGGUUGUAAGGCAUUCUAGAGACUUUGCAUUCAUCCCUUAUAUACUGUGAAUACAUGUUCUAGCUGAUCGCAAAUUUACCAUUUCCUACAAACUUCUUCUGGCCCCUGUAGUCGCCAAACACUACAGAAAUAGCAACCAUGGUUCUCCCUGCCGCCCCAGAGCCUCCCACCCUGCUAGGGUAUCAUCGGAUCCUAUCGCCUAGCGCCGGCGUUCGUGUGUCGCCCUUAUGCCUGGGAACCAUGAGCUUCGGCAAUGGCUGGAAAGGGGUUAUGGGUGAGUGUGACCAGGCGACCAGCUUCAACAUGCUAGACACCUUCUACGAGAGCGGUGGGAACUUUAUCGACAUAGCCAACUUCUAUCAGGGAGGCGAUAGCGAAAGAUGGGUAGGUGAAUGGAUGUUACAGCGGCAGAAUCGUGAUGAGAUCGUAUUAUCCACCAAGUACACCAUGGGCUACACAAUGUUUGGCCCGCAAAAGAUCAAGUCGAACUUUCAGGGUAACCAUGCCAAGAGUCUGCGUCUAUCCGUCAACGCUAGUUUGGAGAAACUGCAGACUGAUUAUAUCGACCUAUUGUACGUGCACAUGUGGGACUUUACGACGAGUGUUGAGGAAGUGAUGCGAAGUCUCAACCACCUGGUGGCAAGUGGCAAGGUUCUGUAUCUGGGGGUCAGCGAUACCCCAGCCUGGGUCGUGGUCAAAUGCAAUGCAUUUGCUCGAGCCAACGGACUUACCCCGUUCAGCGUCUACCAAGGCCACUGGUCGUGCGCUUUCCGUGACUUUGAGCGGGAUAUCCUGCCCAUGUGUGAGUCAGAGGGCAUGGGCCUCGCGCCAUGGGGUGUGCUAGGCCGCGGUCAGUUCCGUAGCGCCGAGGACUUUUCUCGUGAGGGUCGCAAGAUGGGUCCUCAGGAUGAGAAGCACCGACGACUCGGAGAGAAGCUAGAUCAGAUGGCGCAACAGAAGAACACCAAGGCUACUAGUAUCGCUCAGGCCUAUGUCAUGCACAAGGCCCCCUAUGUUUUCCCCGUUAUUGGGGGUCGCAAGGUGAAGCAUCUCAAGGAAAACAUCGAGGCUCUCGGUCUGGUACUGACCGAGGAGGAAAUCCAUGAAAUUGAUGAUGUCGAGCCGUUUGACGUUGGAUUCCCCAUGAAUUUCCUAUUCGAAACGCCGACGCAAAGAUACCGCACUAGCAUGACGAGCAAGGAUAUAUGGCAGUUGUCAUGCAACACUCGACUAGAAACAGUGCCCAAGCAACAGCCGAUCGAACCCCAGCAAGGCGCGAAGUACUUUGGAUCCGUCUCAAAAUGAGCGUAGUGGUGUGGAUCUCGCCUACUGUGCAGUAUAGUUGAUCACAGUUUUGGGCGAAAAUGCCUCUUUCACGAGAUGAAUCCUGUUGUUUUCCUUUCCUUAUCCUUGUCACUUAGUCUUUCAGCAAAGCAUCAGUCACCUGUUACAACAUAUCAUACGCCUGAGGAUCUUUGGUUGGUCAAAUCACUUAUUACGCAACGUAAAUACACCUAUUGUGAAACAGAGAUACAACCAAUAGACUGAUCAAACGAACAAGCGAAAAGAUUGUUGCAUCCAUUUCUAAAUGAUACAAGCGACGAUAUAUCUGAUGGAGCACCCACGUGAAGCGUAUUUUCUUAAAACAUGCGGGAGAUAGAUACAGGCUGUCCCCAAGUUUAGAAUUAACGAAAGGUUCCCUAAACGCCCAGUGAGAGAU